AUGGAUAUUUAUCUCUUCCAGAAAAUCUUCGUGCAAUGGAAGAUGAGCUCUGGCAAUGGCACCUCUCCCACCACACCUCUCCUGGGGCUUCUGGAGCCGGUGCCACCCAGUGCCACAUCCCCUGAGGUGACAGACUGGCUGCCCAUCAUCGCUGGGCUCGUCUGCAUCUUCCUGGUGCUGGCCACGCUCCUCACGUUUGUCACCCUCUGCAAGCCAGCAGCGCUGGGCCAGUCCCUCUGGGGCCCCCAGGAGUGCCUGCCCCACCACCCCGUGGAUGCCAGCGAGCCCCAGCUGAGGCUCUGGAAGCGUCUGGGCUCCCUGAGGGGCUCCAUCAGCAGCUUCAGGAGGAGCCAGCUGGUGUCCCAGAGACCGCUGGCCUGUCCCAGGAGCUUCUCCAGCAGCCAGGACUGGGACGUCAUGGAGUCCACCAAAAUGUGAUCUUGCCCUGCUCCUCCUUCCCAAGCUUUUGGCUCACUUCUCAAGCAUCCCUUGGUGUCACGAGUAGAGACCCUUUAAGCAACUCAUUUCCAGGCUCUGUGAGGUGGCAGGAGAUUUUGCAAUGUCAGGUUCCCAAAUGCUUUCCAGGUUACUGCUUCCUGCCAGGGAAGGUGGAGGCAUCCAAACUACACCCACACGCAGCUAGCACCGGGCAGGCAAAAAAAAAAAUCCUGCUGCUUCAUUUCUUUUGGAAAACAUUGUGCAAGUUGUGCUCCACCUGAACAAACAGCCUGGAAGAGAGUGGGAGCAACCUGGCUACGUGAAGAGAGGCAGCCCAGGGCAGACCUGCUCCACAGAAAGCAAUCCUCAGUGGAGGUUUCCUCCUGAGCUGUGCUCUGGAGCAGGUGGAGGGAGGCUCGUGCCCCCACGUGCUGCCUGGUCCCUG